AUGACAGAUUGGAAGCUUCUCAACACUUUCGAGGAAGACUUGGAAGACUUUGAGACCAAUUCUUUUUGUUCACCGGUGAUUCUGCAAUUCUGUGAGAUUUUAGCGGCCAUGGCUACAGCUGCAUCAAACAUCUACUUUCUUCUAUUGGUAUCUUUUCUAUGUGGAAGGUUUGAAACAGGGCACGCAAAUCAAAUCAUAAAGCUUGGCGCUUCCCUGUGUCCUGUUCGUCCCAGUUCAUGGUCUUCACCUUCGGGUCAAUUUUCAUUUGGCUUUUAUCAUCAAGGGAAUGGCUUCAAAGUUGGAAUCUGGCUGUUCGAUGGGAUUAAUAAAACAAUCGUCUGGACCGCAAAUCGUGAUGACCCUCCUGUCUCCUCAAGUGCAAGGCUUGUUCUAACCAUGCGAGGUGAGCUUCUUCUGCAAACAAGUCCAGGACAACAGAAGGUUAUUGCCCAUAGUAAGAAUGGAACUGUUUCCUCUGCUUCCAUGCUUGAUUUUGGAAACUUUGUUCUACGCGACAAAAAUUCCAACAUCAUUUGGCAGAGUUUCGAUUAUCCAACUGAUACUAUGUUAGGUGGUCAGCUUCUACCUAGUGGGAGUCAAUUGGUGUCUAGUUCAUCAGACACCAACCAUUCUGCUGGAAGGUUUCAGCUCUCGAUUCAGCAUGAUGGAAACCUUGCUCUGCGUUCCCGAUAUUCUGGUGACACAAGUUGGGAUGCCUACUGGGCGUCUCAAACUAGGUACGAUGAUACUGUUUCCAAAUAUCAGCUUUUCCUCAACAACAUAGGCCCUUAUCCUCUUUGUAUCGUUAAUGUCACUGCUAGUUCCUACAACGAAGUCUGGCCAAAGGGUAAAAUAGAUGAGAAUUAUGAUUUGUUUCCGAGUGACAACUUAACAAACAUAGGCAAAAUCAUUUACCGUCUCACUCUCCAUUCUGAUGGCAUUUUGCGGCUCUAUGCUCAUUUUGACAAUGGCAAAGGGAAGCAUCAAGUUGAAAAGUUAUGGUCACCAUCAAUUUUGGACGAUCUUUGUAAUGUGAAGACUUUUUGUGGGUUCAACAGCUAUUGUACCACCAAUGACGACCAACCUUACUGCAACUGUAUUCCUGGAACUGACUUCAUAGAUCCGAGUCAGACAAAUCUUGGAUGCAAAAGGAACUUCUCAGAAGCUGAAUGCAGAGGUGGGGAAAAUAAUGCGGCUUUAUAUUCCAUGUCUGCCAUGAGUAGGAUGGCCUGGGGCGAUUCUCCUUACAGUGAGGAAGAAAUUCAGGAGGAGCAAUGCCAAUCUUCUUGUUUGAAAGAUUGUUAUUGUGCAGCUGCACUAUAUGAAUACGGCCGAUGCAAGAAACAAAAGCUACCGCUGAGAUAUGUCAAAAGACAAACACGAGAUCCUUCCUCCACCACCAUCAUCUACCGAAGCGGUUCCUUCACCGAGUACACCACAAUAUACUUCAAGGUGGGAAAUCAAAGCCUCAAAAGCAACUAUACACCCUCCACACACAAACCCAUCAACACCACCAGUAAGAAAGCAAUUGUGCAGAUCAUUGUCGUGGUCUUUGGUUUUGCUAUUGUUUUGUGUUCAGUUAUUGCAAUCUCCGGCCGUUUAAUUUACAAGAUUGGUGUUUUAAGUUACCGAAGUUUGUUGGAGAUGAGAGAUUUGGGCUUGAACGAAGGGACUACUUUGAGGGUAUUUUCAUACAAUGAGCUGAAGAAGGCAACCAAUGGUUUCAAACAAGAGGCAGGUAGGGGUUCCUCCGGAUCAGUUUACAGAGGAACUUUACGUGAAGGAAGAAAAUUGAUUGCUGUAAAAAUGCUACACAGGUUAAUUGAUGAAGGGGAGAGAGAAUUUCAAGCUGAAAUGCAAGCUAUUGGAAAAACCCACCACAAAAACUUAGUUCGCUUGCUGGGAUAUUGUGCUGAGGGAUCUAAAAGGCUUCUAGUUUAUGAGUACAUGAGUAAUGGCUCCCUUGAGAAGUUCAUCUUUGGUGGCAGCACGGUACGUCCAGAUUGGGAUGAGAGAAGAAGAAUAGCACUGGACAUUGCGAGAGGCUUACUAUAUCUGCAUGAACAAUGCAGUGUUCCCAUCAUUCACUGUGACAUAAAGCCUCAAAACAUAUUGAUGGAUGAGUUUUUGACAGCUAAAAUAUCAGAUUUCGGGUUAGCCAAACUUUUAAUGCCGGAUCAAACAAGAACCUUCACUCAAGCUAGAGGGACAAGAGGUUAUUUAGCUCCGGAAUGGAGUAAGAACACUCCAAUAACAGUAAAAGCAGAUGUUUAUAGCUAUGGAAUUAUGUUAUUGGAGAUUGUAUUUUGCAGAAGAAGCUUAGUGGUCAAUGUGUCGAAUCCGGAGCAAAUUGUUCUGUCUAAUUGGGUGUGCAAGUGCUUUGCUCGGCGAGAGUUAAACAAGCUGGUUGUAGGGGAAGAAGUGGAUAAUAAUUUACUGGAAAAUAUGGUGAAAGUGGGGUUAUGGUGUAUUCAAGAUGAACCUUUUCUUCGGCCAUCAAUGAAGAGUGUGGUGUUGAUGCUUGAGGGAGUUACGGAAGUGGCUAUUCCUCCUUGUCCAUCUUCUGAUUCUAUUUGACACCAUCCCUUUUGCUAGGAAACAAAAGCGAACAAGAUGUUGCAAUUUCAUGUGGCUUUCAUUUGAUUUGUUUUUAUUUUUUG